AUGGGGUCGCAGACGCUGCAGAUCCUCCGGCAGGGGGUGUGGGCCGCGCUCAGCGGGGGCUGGUACUACGACCCGCACCAGGCCACCUUCGUGAACGCGCUGCACCUCUACCUGUGGCUCUUUCUUCUCGGCCUGCCCUUCACCCUCUACAUGGCCCUUCCUUCUUCCAUGAUUAUAGUAGCAGUUUAUUGUCCUGUGAUAGCUGCUGUUUUCAUUGUUCUGAAGAUGGUCAACUAUCGACUCCACAGAGCCCUGGAUGCUGGAGAGAUUGUAGAGAGGAAUGCAAAUGAGUUCACAGAUCAGCGAGCCAAAACUGAGCAAGGCAACUGUUCAACACGGAGAAAAGAUAGCAAUGGCCCGAGUGAUCCUGGUGGGGGGAUUGAAAUGGCUGAGUUCAUUCGAGAGGCCACACCCCCAGUUGGUUGUAGUUCAAGAAAUUCUUAUGCUGGCUUGGAUCCAAGCAACCAGAUUGGAUCUGGCUCCUCUCGUCUUGGAACAGCAGCAACUAUUAAAGGAGAUACAGACACCGCUAAGACUUCUGAUGAUAUCAGUUUAAGUCUGGGCCAGAGCUCUAGUCUUUGUAAGGAGGGAAGUGAAGAACAAGAUUUGGCAGCUGACCGGAAGCUCUUCCGCCUGGUCUCCAAUGAUUCCUUCAUCUCCAUUCAGCCGUCCUUGUCCUCAUGUGGACAGGACUUGCCAAGGGACUUCAGCGACAAAGUGAGCCUGCCAAGUCACAGCCACCACCAUGUCGAGCAGUCCCUGUCCAACGCCUGUGACACGGAAGUGGCUUCUCUCGUCCCGUUACAUUCUCACUCUUACAGGAAAGAGCACCGGCCGCGGGGUGUGCCGCGGACCUCUAGCUCUGCUGUGGCUUUUCCAGACACCUCACUGAAUGACUUCCCUCUGUAUCAGCAAAGACGUGGGUUGGAUCCUGUUAGUGAGUUAGAAUCUUCCAAGCCUCAUUCUGGAUCCAAAGAAUCCUUGGUGGAAAAUUCGUGUUUACCUGGGGAAUUUCAGCUGGUUGGCGAGCUGAAAAACAGUAAUUCUCAGCCACCUACCAGAAGUGGGAAGAGCAAACCCUUGAAUGCAGACAAAAGCAUGGACAGCUUGCGAAGCCUGAGCACGCGCAGCAGUGGCUCAACGGAGAGCUACUGCAGCGGGACGGACCGGGACACCCACAGCACCGUCAGCAGCUACAAAAGCGAGCAGACCAGCUCCACUCACAUCGAGAGCGUCUUGUCAGAGCACGAGGAGUCUCCCCAGGCGGCGAAGAAGAGCGGUCAGAAGAGAGAGGGCGGUGCCGAGGCAGAGGACAAGAAUAGCUGUGCCGGUGACAAAAGGACUAGCAGUGAAAAGACUGCCGUGGACGUGAGCACCAAUAGUGGGGUUCAGGAGGCCAAGGAUUCUAACGGCUCUGAUGACGUGCACAAUCAGAAAGGUCUCAGCGCCUCUGCAUCUGAAGAAGCCAAUAAAAACCCCCAUGCAAAUGAAUUCACUUCACAGGGGGACACACCACUUGGGAAGACUGCUGAAAACAAAGAGGAGGAGGGUGAGAAGCCAGCUGUGUCAGUGGACUCGAAAGGUAGUAAAGAUGUUGGUGGAAAGCAGAAGGAAGGGGAUGUGAGACCUAAGUCCUCCAGCCUAAUCCACCGGACAGCCUCUGCGCAUAAGUCAGGCAGGAGACGGACAGGGAAAAAGCGGGCCAGCAGUUUCGAUUCAAGUCGGCAUAGGGACUAUGUGUCCUUUCGAGGUGUUUCUGGUACCAAGCCGCAUAGUGCUAUAUUCUGCCACGACGAGGACUCCAGUGACCAAAGUGACUUGAGCAGAGCGUCCAGUGUGCAGUCUGCUCACCAGUUCAGCAGCGAUAGCUCUUCUAGCACCACGUCUCACUCUUGUCAGUCUCCGGAGGGCAGAUACAGUGCCCUGAAGACCAAACACGCCCCUAAGGAGAGGGGCACCGACGCUGAGCACACACACAAGGCCCACCUGGGCCCCGAGGGGACUGGCAAAAAGCGGACAGCACGGCGGACUUCCAGCACAAACAGUGCCAAGACGCGGGCCCGAGUGCUGAGCCUGGACAGCAGCACGGUAGCGUGUCUGAACGACUCCAGUAGGCUCAUGGCGCCCGAAAGCGUAAAACCCUUAACCACUUCAAAAUCCGAUCUGGAGGCCAAAGAGGGAGAGGUGCUAGAUGAGCUGUCUUUAUUGGGACGGGCUUCCCAGUUAGAGACAGUCACUCGAUCUAGGAAUAGCUUGCCAAGCCAGGUUGCUUUUCCUGAAGGCGAAGAGCAAGACGCAGUCAGUGGAGCAGUUGAGCUGCCCAAGAUCCUGUGCCAAGAAGAACAAGAUGCAUAUAGGAGGAUCCACAGCCUUACACAUCUGGACUCAGUAACCAGGAUCCAUAAUGGCUCA